AAUAUUCUAUAUGAAGAUUGAUUUCUAAAGCUUCGUAACCUUCGUAUCCAAAUACUCCCAACACAAUCUAAAAUCUGGUCUCUUUGACUUUUAUCCAUCCAAUACUUGAGAGAUCAAAUCGAAUAUCUUCAAUCCAUUCCUGUUUCAAGGAAGAAGAAGAAGAUCAAUACUACGAUGAGGAGGGUUUUCGGUGUAAAGAAGGACAAGGAGCCCCCUCCUUCCAUUCAAGAUGCCUCCGAUAGGAUUAAUAAAAGGGGUGAGACAGUUGAAGAGAAGAUUAAAAGGCUCGAUGUAGAACUUAGUAAAUAUAAAGAACAGAUUAAGAAAACUAGACCUGGUCCAGCACAAGAAGCUGUUAAAGCUCGAGCCAUGAGGGUUCUCAAGCAAAAGCGAAUGUAUGAAGGCCAACGUGACAUGAUGUUCAAUCAAACGUUUAACCUUGAUCAAGUUGCAUUCGCUGCUGAGGGCAUUAAAGAUGCUCAGCAAACCAUGUCAGCCCUAAAAUCUGCUAACAAGGAGUUGAAAGGGAUGAUGAAAACUGUGAAGAUACAAGACAUAGAUAAUUUGCAAGAUGAGAUGAUGGACCUGAUGGACGUCAGUUCUGAACUUCAAGAGAGCCUGGGUAGAAGCUAUAACGUUCCUGAUGAUAUUGAUGAGGAUGAGCUUUUGGGUGAGCUUGAUGCUUUAGAAGCUGAUAUGGGAAUGGAAACUGAAGCUGAUGGUGUGCCUUCCUAUCUCCAACCUGAUAAGGAAUCUGAUUUGGAUGCAGAGCUCAACUUGCCUUCAGCGCCAAUGGGAUAUGCGGCAACAGCCGGAAGAUCAAAUGCACAUGCAAAUGAUGAAAUGGGCUUACCUGCUGUUCCACGGGCGACCCUCCGUGAUUAGGGAAAUACUGAUUGAUUCUGUAAUAUCUACAUCCAUUUAUUACUGGUGGUAGCCUUUGUGAUCAUAUUUGUGCAGAAGCGAACAUUUGUUUCGUUUUGUUAUUCUUGACUAUUAUUUUUAGUUUGCUGUUUCAUGGACGCUUUUGGUUUAUCAAUAAAUAUUACUUGGUAUA